AUGACAAUGACAAAUAAGGGAAUCGCUAUCUUUUACGAGAAGGUCCAAGAAUUAUUGAAAGCCAUUGAUAUCUCGAGUAACAGAUUUGGUGGAGAAAUUCCAGAAUCCAUUGGAAAUUUAAGGGGGCUUCAUUUUCUCAAUCUUUCUAAUAAUGUUCUCACAGGCCACAUCCCACCAUCCUUAGCAAAUCUUACAGAGCUGGAAUCAUUAGACCUUUCUAAAAACAACUUGUCUGGGGAGAUCCCACAGCAACUAACACAACUGACCUUCUUGGGAUUUUUCAAUGUUUCAAACAAUCUUCUCACAGGACCUAUACCACAAGGAGACCAGUUUGGUACAUUUGGAAACAGUUCGUAUGAGGGGAAUUCAGGGCUAUGUGAUAGACCGCUCUCCAAGAACUGUGAGGAUUCCAAUGCUUCACCAGCACCUCCUUCAUUAAUCCCUGCAGAUCAAAGUCAAGAAUCGGGAUCUCUAUUUCAGUUUGGUUGGGAAAUUCUUGUGGUAGUUGUGGUAGGUUAUGCAUCUGGACUAGUUGUUGGAGUGACAAUUGGGCAUAUUGUGAUUACAAAAAAACUUGAUUGGUUCAUGAACAUCUUUGGAAUAAAGCAGCUGGCAAGAUGA